GGUGCGCUUGCGUAGUGCGGGCGUUUGUAGCCUGAAUUCACUGGGCGGUGAAAGGGGAAGCUGCUCUUGGGCUCGGGUCGGAGCCGGGCCUGGAGCAGAGGUUGGGUGGAGACGACUAGGGUGGGUUGAGCGAGUGGGUACCGGAUAUGACCCAGCUGUGAGCCGCGCAAGCCGAACGAUGGGACGGCGCCGGACACCCGAGCUGUACCGGGCGCCGUUCCCGCUGUACGCGCUGCGGGUCGAACCCAGCACCGGUCUCCUCAUCACCGCGGGCGGGGGCGGCGCUGCCAAGACUGGCAUCAAGAAUGGAGUGCACUUUUUGCAACUGGAACAAAUUGGUGGAACUUUGAGUGCCUCUCUGCUGCAUUCCCAUGACACAGAAACAAGGGCCACCAUGAACCUUGCCCUUGCAGGCAAUAUUCUUGCUGCAGGGCAAGAUGCUAGCUGUCAACUCCUUCAAUUCAGAACUCAAGAGCUGGAGACCAGUGACAAAGAAGACAAUGCAGGUUCCCAGGAGCAGGGCCCACGGCAAAGGAAGGGGAUGGGAACCACAACUGAAACACAAGAAACUGAGGCAUCAACUCAGCGAGAGGGGGUGGAGCUGAAUGUGGAGAACUUGCAGUCUGUGCAGACAGAUUUUGGCUCUGACCCACUCCAGAAGACUGUGUGCUUCAAUCAUGAUAAUACCUUGCUUGCCACUGGGGGCACUGAUGGCUUUGUUCGUGUUUGGCAGGUACCUAGCCUUGAAAAGGUUCUGGAGUUCAAAGCUCAUGAGGGGGAGAUUGAAGACCUGACUUUGGGCCCUGGUGACAAGAUGGUAACAGCUGGCUGGGAUUUUAAGGCCUGUGUGUGGCAGAGGGACCAGCUGGUGACUGGGUUGUGCUGGGAUGAAAACUUGCCUCCUUUACCUGACACACCUUACCGCUACCAAGCUUGCAGGGAGUGUCCCUGUGUGGUUAUUACUGCUGCUGUGUGCUGGGCUCAUCAUUUUGGCCAUCCUGCUGCUUCAGAAUGCCUUCCCAGGAUUCCUCUAGCCUUCCUUGUUUCCUGGGGGAAUAAGGACCCUGGAUAUGGAAAAGACUGGAGCCAGUCAACACCUAGAACACCACUCAUUCCACUGAGACUGGAGCUGAAGCUGCCCCGUGAAGACAAGGAAUGUGACAGUGGCUCCCACCCCACCUACGGGCCAAAUGCUGCCGAACCCUGGCCUCUCUCACAGGUUCUUCUUAUUCCAUCUAAGACAGCAAUUUCUGAGGUACCACUCAUUGCUCCUUCUAAGAGCAGAGCUGAAACUGUUCCUUAAAGGACUGAAAAUGUGACAGCUGUCCCCACCUCACCUAGAAUCUGGAUGCUGCACACAGCCCCUGCCAGCCAGGGGCCAAACAGCCCUUUCCCCUCAACAAUGUGAAGAUGACUACAGCCUUGGUGGCUCUAUUCCCCCCACUUUGUUUGAGGGCCUCAUCUCUCUCUUGCUGCUUGGUGAAGUGAACACAUCUCAUCCCUCCUCUUCCAUGCAGCUCUUGUUCAUUUACCACUGGGAGUAAAUCAGUGGCCCAGUUCUUAACAACUGUUAUGGGACUUGGAAGUUUUACCAAAAAAUUAGCAGACCAAUAAUGCCUCAACAAUAGGUUUUUUAUUAUGUCGAAUUUUCAUUCACAUGAGGAGAGGCUUAAAACAAAAAUGAGGGGGCGGCUAGGUGGUGCAGUGGACAAAGCACUGGCCCUGGAUUCAGGAGUACCUGAGUUCAAAUCCAGCCUCAGACACUUGACACUUACUAGCUGUGUGACCCUUGGCAAGUCACUUAACCCCCAUUGCCCCACAAAAAAAAAAAAACCUUUAAAUGAAACAAGUAGGAGCUUGGGAGAAUGGGCAGCAGGGGAAGGAAAAAACCCAGGUCUGUCUCCAGGACCUUGAGUGUGGACUGAUCAUCAGACCACACUAGUAGGAGAAAAAGGGUGGAGAAGGGGGUCAGCAGUCUUCUUUGGAAAGGCUGCCCUUGGUCAGCACACCCAGCCCUCCUGAGUUUUGUCAGUUAUUAUGUGAAGAAUAUCAUCACCUUCAUACUAGGGCUAGUAGAGGUCUGGAGUUUCAUCAGAUUGGGCAUGUUCUCACCCCAACCAGUCUCUGAUAGCACUGGCCAUUACCUAGCAUCUCUCUGCCUAUGUGAAUGAAGCCCAGCCAAACCAAAUGGUUAACACAAAUGAGAUGGGAAGUUUACAGAAAAUGGUAGGAAGGGGGAGAAAGCAUUCCUAGUGUCCAACCAGAGCAGCAAGCGGACAGACAAACCUGGCCCAUCACUAGCCAGCCUGGCUAUGGCUGCAGUAAUUUUGGGCCAUCCCUCGCCAUGAAGAGAGGAGAAGGGACCUCACUGAGUCAGACAAGUAAAAGUUAAGGUUUAAUAAACGAGGGGAAGCUGAGCUGAGAUCUGUGGCUCUUCUCCUAGAAGCCUGUGAGCCCUUGGCCUUCCUUGGAAGGUGGGAUUUUGCUGAGGGCCUGCAGUUACCGUGCAUGCUGGAAGACAGCGGCAGCAUACUGGUGAAAGAGGCGGCUCAUGUAACAGUACUGCCACGGGAUCAGCCCCUCCAGGAAGUCGAUGUGGCCACCCCGAGAUGUAAUCAGCAGUGCGAUAUGCGGCAAGUGUGUAGCAGCCUGUAGUGGGAAAGCUGGGGGUGGAGGGAGGGAAGGGAAGGGACAGCUAGGUCAGGAGCCAGAGGCUUUAAGGAGGCCCUUUAGCCCAGCCCCCUAAGCUGGGCCCCAGGAUUUGAAGAAUAAUAGUUAAUGCAUCCUACUGUAAGGUUUGCAAAUCAUCUUGCCGACUUCAUCUGAACCUCACAACAAUCCUGUGAGACAUAGGUGCUAUCGUUAUUCCCAUUUUACAGAUAAAGAGUUCUAGAGGGGUUGUGACUUGACCAGGGUCACACUGUAGGGAAGUGUUUGAGUGGAGGUUUUCAUCUAAGUUUUUCUGACUCUCCAGCACUCUAUCUCCUAUAUACCAUGCUAUCUCUAUCAUUGCUGAGGAUAAAGGGACUCACCUUGAGGUAGGAAAAAUGGAUCAUCUGCUGCAUUGAGACAGAGCACAGGGACACAGAUUGCAUCCACCUUGGCUCCUGGACUUGCUGAGUGGUAGUAGGUGUCACAGUCUUUAUAGCCAAAGGCCAGUGUGGUGUAGCACUCAUCAAACUGGCGGAUUGUACGGGCCUGGAAGAGACACAAUCGAGCUUAGCAAUGACAAGUAGAGAGGGUUGCUAAGGGACUGGGGCAAAGGUAGGGGUUGGUUCUCUACCUUAAGCACAUAGUCCACAUCCAGUUUCUCCUCAAUCACCUUCCUGUGUCUGUAGUAGAGAGCAUUUGUGUCAGGGGAGUAGAUGCAGUUCUAGUCUCGAGUAAUCUUUUCCUAAUUCCAGCCUUACUGAGUAUCCAUCUCUCACACAGGCUACCACCCUAGCAUGCUUUUUGAUUUUCUCAAUAGCCAAAGGCACAGUUGGACUCAACUGAUACUUCCUCCCUUUCCCCCACCCUUCCCUACCAUCCCACAAAUCGGCAGAGUGCAGCUGUGAGGUGCUGGUUGAAGAGCAGUGCGUUGAGUGGUGUCUCCAGAGAUCGUGUGGUUUCAAAGGAGUCCCAGCAUGCAGACAGGGUCAGUGCUGCCACCAGCCCUGCUUCGUUACCUGUCUGUGCCAGGUGCUUGAGCACCAGGACCCUGUAAGAGACUGGAAUCAGAACCAUGGUGGGGGGAGCAGGAGGCUUGGACUUAAGUAUCAUUUGGAGAUGGUAAUCACUAAAAGAAGAGAUAGAGAACUUAGGUAACCAGCAAUGAAGUGUUCAUUUAGGGAAGGAAAAUGAACAACAGCUGAGAACUGGGCCUACUCAGGAAGAUCGUGAUCUGUCAGGAAGCAGGGCCAGAGGCCUGUUGGAGGUAUGAAUGAAAGGAGACAGAUUUCUGCCAAGGAAGGACUGCAGUCUCUUCAUCUCUCAGGUCAGCUCUAUUAACCCAGUUGGCUCUUACCCUCCUAGUGAGAUUCCUACAGCCAGCGGUGGGGAAUGUGGAUACUGGUGCUUUAUGUGAUUCACAACUAUCUCCAGGUCCUCUGUGUUAGCAGUGCAAAAAGCCCUGUGGGUCUGAGGACAAAUAGUGUCACGUGGAGAUAGGAAUGGACAGAAAGGGGCAAGGCUCCAGAAGGUGAGGUAACUCAGCAGGGCAUAGAGGAGAAGGGGAGUGAUGGCAGAUAGGUGCAGGGUCUGUAGGGAGAUGAGGCCAAAGGCUAUAGGACUGCUAAAGAGGAUGGGGUCAGAACUUAAUGCUAGAAAGGGGGAUGGAACUCACCAGCAGUUCUUCCCCACAGCAGCCCUGGCUAUUAAACACAACGGUUCUAUAGAACAAACAGGCACAUCUCAGCAGGACCCGCCCUAGAAGGCCUUUAUAUUGGUGGGGAGCUGUCUUGCACAGAUUCCAGUCACGAGGGACCCAAGUCUAGAAUCCAGAGAAUUCUCUUCACCUUCCAGUAGCAGGUCCUUCCCAGUAUUUCUUUUCAGGGAAGGCUGCCCUUCCCUCUGCACACUCCUCCCUGCAUCUAUUUUUCCAUCCUGGACUGCUCAAGAUACCUGCCAGCCACCCUCAGUUACCAUUCUUACCUGUAGCCAUCUAGAGUGGCCUGGUAUACUAGGUGAAGGAUAUAGGUCUCCUGGCUGCUGCCUGUGAUGCCUGGGAGCAGUAACACAAUGGGCCGGUUGACAGGGUCAGGGUAUUGGCCAGUCUCAGGUUCUUUGGCCCAGUCUAGCAGCAGCUGUCCCCCUUCAGGUGUCUGGAGCACCUCACUGUGGAAGGGUGUAUACAGGAAUAUAUCUAGGGAUUUUUAGACCUUUGUUCCAAGAAUUCUGUUAACGUCCCAGAUCUAAAACUACGUGACACGACUCUCCUUAUCUCGGAAUGACCAAAGUUAGUGUUGCUUAUUUAGUAGCUUAGGGGCAGGGGAAGAUAAAAUAAGACAGAGCCAGCAAAACUCCCAAGUGUGGCAGGGACCGUAUUUAAAAUGUAAUUGGGAAAUGUCUAACAAAAUAAAUAAAAAUACAACAAUAUUAA